UUGUCACCUUUAGGACUAUCUGAAAGAGGUGGUACCAUGUUUGGACUCUCCCGCUCUUCCACCCUGGGUCUUUUAAAACAGUUUGUGAAGCCGACCGUCUUGAGGCGGACCACCAUUUCUCUCUGCACAAGUCCUUCCUGCUCCAGUUCCCUCAUUCCAAUCGUCCUUGACAAAACAAAUCAUGGAGAGCGAGCCUAUGAUAUUUAUUCCAGACUGUUAAAAGAUCGAAUAAUUUGUUUGAUGGGACCCAUAAAUGACGAAGUGGCGAGUGUUGUGAUUGCUCAACUCCUCUACCUGCAAUCCGAGGAUAAGAAAUUACCCAUUCAUAUCUAUAUCAAUAGUCCAGGUGGUAUUGUUACUGCUGGUUUGGCAAUAUACGACACAAUGCAAUAUAUCCGACCUCCUGUGGCCACCUGGUGCGUCGGUCAAGCCAGCAGCAUGGGUUCUCUCCUUCUAACGGCGGGAGCCCCAGGUCUUCGAUUUGCUCUCCCUCAUGCCCGUAUAAUGGUACACCAACCAUCUGGCUCCGCCCAAGCGAGGCAAACACUGGACGGUCUUCAAAACCCCGGUGUUCGAACUGUUGCUGGUGGGAGCCUUGUCGAUUUGGAGUACGCAGUUGACGUCACCGUCACCCUUGAAGACCGAAGCGAAGCACAAGCUCUGUUGAAUAGACUGGCCACCACUACACCAUUUUUAAGCAUGCGCCUUGCACGUUCAAAGUGCAAAGUCAUGCUUCAGAACCUGCAGUCUCCGAACAUAUUCUCUUCAAUUCAAGGAGAAUCACUGGAGAUUGUGGAAAACUCUGCAUACCUUAGUAGUCGUAUUGGCUCUGACGGAAGUGCGUCUGAUGAAGGCGCGCUGUUAUUGAUGCGACAACCGCAUCUUCGAGUUGUGGACGCUGAGAAUACAUUAGCCUUGAUAAUGCGUCAGCCUGGCCCAUCGCAUCAGUUGGUUGAGUUCUUCGCGCAGUCCUAUUGGAGUAGCACAAUGACCACGGUAACUGGUGGUUCUCUUAGCACCGGUCCAGGUACGUAUGGGUCCGGCUGCGCGACAGUUUGCGGUGAGUCGCGUGAGUUUGGAUUCUUGUCCAAGUUGAGCACAUUGUCACGAGCACGUCGUCGGAAGCAAGAAGCGGAUGAGCUUGCGGAAGAGGCGCGACAGGCGAUAGAGGAUCGUUUUCGGCAGGAUUAUUUCGAACCGAAUUUGGACGGAUUUCAGCUCGCUGAGGGCGAAGAGCGAUCAAUGAUUGAGCCGCAUUCAAAGGAGCAUCCGUUGGUUCAAGAAGCCGUUCAGACUCUGGUGAGCUGGAUCAAUGCGGAGUUGGUAGAUGAGCGAAUUCUAGUUCGGAAUCUUGAAGCAGACCUGUACGAUGGGCAGGUCCUACAAAAGCUUAUUGAGAAGCUUUUAAGCGUCAAGAUCAACCAUCCGGAAGUUUCACAAACAGAAAUCGGACAGCGCCAGCGUUUAAAGCUUGUUCUGGAUGAAAUCAACUCAGCCUUAAACGUCUCUCCGAUGUGGGCUGCAAAAUACUGGCCAGUAUCCGCUAUCUACGACCAGGAUAUGGUUGCAAUCCUUCGAGUCUUAGUUGCUCUGGUUCGUCGUUUUGCUCCAUCGGUGCGGCUUCCACGAGAUGUCCACCUGACUGUCUUGAUUGUGCGAAAAAUCAAUGGAAUACUUCAACACCGCCGCCAGGUAGAGGUUAUCACAGAAAGUGAAGAUGAACAAGACACUGCUGGCGAUCAUGAUGCAAUCAGUGCAUUGGUCGAUUGUGCGGUACCAGAGCGUCUGGCGGCGUUCCAACAAACACUACUGGAUUUUGUAAACCACCACUUGGCAAAAAUCAACCUCAGCGUAACCAGCUUGGAAACUGAGAUGAAUGAUGGUGUCUACUUCAUCCUGCUAAUCGGAUUGUUGGGUGGAUUCUUUGUCCCCCUUCACGCCUACCAUCUUACUCCGCUGACCAAUGCCCAACGGCAGGCAAACCUGCAGCUCGCGUUCAAACUAGCCGAAGAAGUGGAUGGCAUCAACCUUGGUCCGAAACAAGCGGACGACUUACUUCAUCAUGAUCUCAAAGUCACUCUUCGCUUGCUUUAUUCUUUGUACGACGCUCACAAGAAUGAUUUGUAGGACAUGGACCCCGGGGAACGGAUUAUGUCUAGUUCAGUGCCUUGUUUUUUUGUUCACACAGUCAAUCCCUUCUCAUUGACCAGUAUGCUUUUUGUCUUUGUUUUAUCUGACAUUUGUUCGCAUUGAUCGCCUUGCGCUUAUUUGUUGAGCCAUGCAUUUAUCUGUGCAUUUCAUGCCUUUUGCUGACUUCCCUCGUUGUUUGACUUUUUGCAUUACUUGUCACUUGUUGCUCCUUUUUCGUUGUUAAUUUACUACCUGCCUAAAAUAUAUUUGCCUUGCUAGAAAUACUAGCGUUAUUUUCACACUUCUACUCGGUUUGACUUGACCACCUUAGUGAGUUCGGUUAGUUGUGUCUAU